AUGUCCGAUUACGGUGACAACGAAGGAGGCUACGGCCAAGAUGAACCAGAGACCGAGUUCUAUGAGCCCGAAGAGCAGGUCGAAGACUUCGCCCCAGAUGUUGAGAUCGACGAGGCCGCAAUUGAAGCCCGGGCUACUGCAGAUGACGGCGAAGAGAAGACAGUGGUCUCGGCCGACCCCAACCAGCCCGCGAAGCCCUCGAGCGACGCUGACAAGAAAAUUCCUCCCGAGAAGAGAAGCACCACACGCUACAUGACCAAGUACGAGAGGGCUAGAGUCUUGGGCACGAGAGCUCUACAGAUCAGCAACAACGCACCCGUCUUGGUCGAUCUCGAAGGAGAGACGGACCCUCUACAGAUUGCCAUCAAGGAAUUAAAUCAGAAGAAGAUCCCACUCGUGGUGCGCCGCUACUUGCCCGAUGGAUGGUAUGAGGAUUGGACGUGUGAAGAGCUUCUAUGA